UUCUUGGGCGGGGCGCCGCUUGCAUCCGCCUCGCUUGCCUCCAUUGGGGCCCAUGUAGCGAUGGUGCUGGAUCAUCUCUGGCUUUCGAGGCCCAGCAGCUUCUGGGCGGUGAAAUGUGCGCCGGGCUUUCAGUGCGUGUCCAAGCUGACCUCGUUCCCGCCGGGCCAUGAUGGUAUCUACCACCAGGAACACGGGGUGAAGUCGAUGGAGCCUACGGACCCCGACCGGUUCCGGGACUGGCUGCAGACCUACGAGGCGGCCAGAGGGAAGCUCUCGCCCGCGGGAAAGUGCAAGGACGACGGCUCGCCGGCGGAAGAGCAAGGCUACUGCUUUUCGGCCUCCGGGUUCGAGGCGGGCCCAGGACAGCCGUGCCAAGAGCCGGACGAGUGCCUCUGCGUCAAGGCAGACUCCCCCUACGGCAAGCUGUCCUUGGGGCACACGCGCCUUGAGAACGAGGAGGGCAAGGAGCUGUUGGAAGGCACUUACCAGGUCCAGGAGGUGACCAAGUGCGACGUCUGCGAAGACCUGAGCUUCGACCGCAGGCACUGCCAGGAAUGCGAGAACUGCGUCUUCAAGACCAAGACCUUGGAGGGCGAAUUGGUGGAGGGCUGCUGGCCCAAAGACGGCGGCUCGGCCCGGCGGACGCACCUCUUAGGCAAGGGCGACCGCAUCUUCCUGCAUGGCAUGCCGGUGGAGAUGAAGGACAUGACCAUCGUGCCGCAUUACAACAUGUGGGACCCGGGGGAAGCGGCUGAUCCUGUGGGCGAUGAGGACAGCCGCGAAGUGGAGGACCAACUGGCCACCGCCAACUUGCAGGGCCCGAGGAUGCCGUACCAGUCCCGGCGGGAACCGCUCUCCCGGGACGGCUGGCUCACCUUCUACAAGAAUGUGGCGCCGAGGGUUCAGCAGGAAAUGGACAAGGUUGCCCAAAACACCAUCGAAGCUGGAGAGAAGGCGGGGCGUGCAGCCUGCGAGCACAAGCUGGGUCAUCGCCUGGGCGCAGACAUCCCGGGGAGGAUCGAGAAGGCGGCCGCCGUGCAGAACGCCUGCCUUCAGAUGCAGGAGACCGCCAACCGGAUCGCGGUGGCGGACGCCAACACGGGCUUCGCGCGGAUCGGGGGCAUCAAGUGCACCAUGAACGACCGCGUCUCCGAGCCGGGGGAGUGUGACUACUUGAACUGCUACGCCACAAACGCCAGGUUCAAGAAGGCCAUUCUUGCACUGAAGAAGCGGAACGACGAGUGCUACGAGGCGACGCAGGACAGCGAGGCCAACACUUGCCUGCCGGGCGAGGGCCAGGCGCAGAAGGAGCUCAAGGGGCCUCGGCUCCCCAAGGGCGCUGCCGCGCCCAAAGGCGCGGCCAAGCCGCUGAGCGCGGAGGCCCUGGGCGCGGAGGCGGCCAAAGAGAGCGGCCUGCCGGUGAUGCUCGCAGCGCCGGUCGCAGGCCGGCGAAAGGGCGUGCGCCGCGGAGCGUUCCUCUGAGGGCCAGGCUCAGAUGCCUUGCCAAGGAUUUGGAGCCUUGGAAACGUGGUUUGCUCUGCUGGUCCGGCCA